AAGCAUUUAUUUUGUGUCACAGGUCGCGUGGACUUUAACGUCACUACCGACGAAUUUGGAUCUGACAGUUAUGGAUUUGAAGCAAAAGUUCUGAAAGAAUUAAACUUUGGGGACUAAUGGCACUAAAUGUCAAGAAAUUGUGAAUUUAUAUAAUAUCAGUACAUAGCUGAUUUCACAAUAAAUCAUCAUUGGCAUUAGUUUCCUAGACAUUACAUAUUUGCACAAAAUCUAAAUUAAUUUAGAAUUGCACUGCAUUGUUCUACUGGAUUCUGAGGUAAGAAGAUACUUCAUGAGAAUCGUGACUUGACUUGGCUACCUGCAUAGCUCAUUCGCCAGAAUAACCGACUUCUCAUUCACUUUCGCGAUUUAACGAGUUUCGUGAAAAAAACCUGGUUUGCGUGUCUUUUGUCAGAAUCUUGGUAAACUGAUGAAUCCACUUAAUUUAAAGAAUGAUUUCAUCCAAACCACUACUAGAUACCCAUCAUAUAAUUAUUCUCAUGUGUGAAUGGACGGACGCAGCUUAUUGAUUUAUUUCUGUAAUAAUGAGCAAUAUUUUAGUUGUUGAACUGGUCUUUAAGUCGCAAUUUAUUCCCUUGAUCUUGACUGUUAACUCUUAAUUUGAACUACCUACAACCACAAUAAAGAAUAUAAUGCAUAUUAGUAAUUUUACCAACAUUUUUCUAAUAAUCAUUUGGUUUACGGAGCUUGGAUACUGUCUGGAGCCACAAUGCAAUGCAAUAUAUCUCGGUGUGGAUGGUUAUGUUCCUGGGAAAUGUGUCACAUUUCACGAAUGUCCCCCACUUAAAGGUCUCCUUCGAUCUAGUACACUAACAGCAGCAGAAAUAAAAUUACUACAAAAUUUGACUUGUACCAUACAUCCUGAAAUUCCAACGAUUUGUUGUGCGCUAAAAGACAUCCCAGACCUCACCAAUUAUAAUGAACCUUCCCUUCAAGGAAAUAAACCCUCAAAAUCUCCAUCAAUCGAGGAUAUCAUUAUUUAUCCGGGAUCACCAUCCGACCGACCCCGAUAUCCAUCACCUAGUUCACCCAACUCCAUCAAUAAUGGGGAUGUAAAGCUAACACCGUCGUCAUCACCAACAGUAAUUGACGCUAAUGCAGACAUUGAGCUAAAAAAGUUCAAACUACUGUUUCCUAAACUGGACGAGUGUGGACUUUCUGCUAUUGACACGUCCUUGAGGAUCGUUGGGGGCAAAAAUGCGGAGCAUGGGGCUUAUCCAUGGAUGGCACGAAUUGGUUAUCAAAGCUUAGACACCGGAGACAUUGAAUUUUACUGCGGGGGUACUGUUAUCAGCAAUAAGUAUAUUUUAACGGCCGCCCAUUGUUCUGAAGAAGUAGAUAAAACGGAGCUCAAAGUGGCUGUUAUACGUUUAGGAGAAUAUAACGCCAAUUCAGAGUUGGACUGCAGUCCUGACUCUGCUCCAGAAGUGAACUGUUCUCGAGCUGUGGAUUUUCCAAUUGAAAAGAUAAUUCAUCAUCCAGGUUAUAGUUUGGAAAAUAAGACCAACGACAUCGAGUUGAUUCGUGUAAAAGGAAUUAUUCCCUUUGACACUCCUUUCGUGAAGCCCGUCUGCCUCCCAUUUGUUACGGAAUAUGGCAUUGAAUCCAGCUACAUUCGAGAGGAUGUUGAAGAUAAGGACCAGUUUGUUGGAAAGAAAGGCGUUGUCACUGGAUGGGGAAGGAUAAAGUGGAAUAAAGUGGAUGGUAGCGACAUUCUUCAGGAAAUUAAAUUACCAAUUGUGAGCAAUAAUGAAUGUCAAAGAAAUUAUAGUACCAAAAUUCAGUUGUGGGAUAAACAGAUGUGUGCUGGUGGUCUGGUAGCAGAGGAUAGUUGUGGUGGAGAUUCUGGUUCGCCUAUUUUAAUUCCAAUUCCAAUGAAAGUCUCGAUACAAAGUCGACAUUCUGCCAAGUUCUCUACAAAAUUCAGACCAAAAUACUUUCAGCUAGGGGUUGUUUCAUUCGGCCCUACGCACUGCGGCGUGGGAGGGCUGCCUGGAGUGUACACCAGAAUCGCGGCGUAUAAAAAUUGGAUACUAGAAAACAUGGAACCCUGAUUAUCAAAUAAUAUAAUUAUGCAUAUUGUAUUAUCAUUAGUCAAUAUUACUAAGGUAAAUAAACAUAAUUAAGCCACCGAUA